GCCCGCAGCCGCCGGCGCCCGAGCCCUUCCGGAAAGUGCCGAAGUCGUAGCCGGCGCCUGGCGGCUUCCCCGCCGGCCGGCGCAGCGCGCCUGCGCAGAGGAGAGUAACCGCCGGUUGGUGGCCGCUGCUCCGCAGUGGGGGAGAGGCGGGCGAGGAGCCGGCUCCCAGCAGCUCAGACGGUCGCCGCUGCCGCUGUAGUCGCAGGCCGGCGGGGGAAGCGGGAAGCACCGGGCGCAGCCAUGUCCGUCGUUGGCAUCGACCUCGGCUUCCUCAACUGCUACAUCGGCGUGGCGCGCAGCGGCGGCAUCGAGACCAUCGCCAAUGAGUACAGCGACCGCUGCACCCCAGCAUGUAUAUCUCUAGGAUCCAAGACCCGGGCCAUUGGGAAUGCAGCAAAGAGCCAGAUUGUCACAAAUGUAAAAAAUACAUUACAUGGUUUCAAAAAACUGCAUGGAAGAGCAUUUGAAGAUCCUUACAUACAAGCUGAAAGGGCCAAACUUCCCUAUGAACUUCAGAAGAUGCCGAAUGGCUCCGUAGGUGUAAAGGUGAGAUACCUAGAUGAAGAGAGACUGUUUGCAAUUGAACAGAUUACAGGAAUGUUAUUGGCCAAACUUAAAGAGACUUCAGAAAGUGCUUUGAAGAAACCAGUGGCAGACUGCGUGAUUUCAGUACCCAGUUUCUUCACUGAUGCUGAGAGAAGGUCUGUAAUGGCAGCUGCACAGAUUGCAGGAUUAAACUGUCUGAAGCUGAUGAAUGAAACUACAGCAGUUGCACUAGCCUAUGGAAUAUACAAGCAAGAUCUGCCAGCCUUGGAAGAGAAGCCAAGGAACGUGGUCUUUGUAGAUAUGGGGCAUUCUGCGUAUCAGGUUUCAAUCUGUGCUUUUAACAAGGGAAAACUGAAGGUCUUGGCUACUACCUUUGACCCUUUCAUAGGUGGUAGGAAUUUUGAUGAGGCGUUGGUAGACUACUUCUCUGAAGAAUUUAGGACAAAAUACAAACUGAAUGUAAAAGAGAAUCCCCGAGCGCUGUUACGAUUGUAUCAGGAAUGUGAAAAACUGAAGAAGCUUAUGAGCGCAAAUGCUUCUGACCUUCCACUCAAUAUUGAGUGCUUCAUGAAUGACCUUGAUGUCUCCAGUAAGAUGAACAGAGCUCAGUUUGAGCAAUUGUGUGCUGCCCUUCUGUCCAGGGUGGAACCUCCUCUAAGAGCAGCCAUGGAUCAAGCUAAACUUCAGCGUGAAGAUAUCUACAGUAUAGAAAUAGUAGGUGGGGCUACUAGAAUUCCAGCAGUGAAGGAACAGAUCUCUAACUUUUUCUGUAAAGAGAUAAGCACCACGCUAAAUGCUGAUGAAGCUGUUGCAAGAGGCUGUGCCUUGCAGUGUGCAAUUCUUUCCCCAGCUUUUAAAGUGCGUGAAUUUUCCAUCACAGAUGUUGUUCCUUAUUCUGUAACAUUAAGGUGGAAAUCAUCUUACGAAGAGGGAACAGGGGAGUGUGAAGUCUUCAGUAAGAACCAUGCUGCUCCAUUCUCAAAAGUAAUUACUUUUCACAAGAAGGAGCCUUUUGACCUGGAAGCUUACUAUACCCAUCCACAUGAAGUGCCUUAUCCUGAUUCCAGAAUAGGGCGUUUCACUAUUCAAAACGUUGGUCCCCAACAUGAUGGCGACAAUUCCAAAGUGAAGGUUAAGGUGCGCGUCAAUAUUCAUGGCCUUUUCAGCGUGGCUAAUGCUUCUAUAAUAGAGAAGCAGAACAUAGAGGGAGAUCACAAUGACACACCUAUGGACACUGAAUCAUCAAGUAAGAACCAAGGCAGAGAUGACGAGCUGCAAUUACCUUUCAUUAUUGAGGAUGAUACCCUCGACUCUGAGGAGGAGGAUAAAAUGCAGGUUGAUCAAGAUGAAGGUAUUCAGAAAAGUCAAGCUGAACAACAGAACCAAGGAGAUGAGGAAACUGAAAAUGCAGGAACUGAAACAAAAGCUACUUCUGGAGACAAGCAAGAUCAUCCUGCCCAGCCAAAGGCUAAAGCAAAAGUUAAGAGUAUUGACCUACCUAUACAGGCAAGCCUCUACAGACAACUGGGACAAGAUCUUAUCAAUUGCUAUAUAGAAAAUGAGGGGAAGAUGAUGAUGCAAGACAAGCUUGAGAAAGAAAGAAAUGAUGCUAAGAAUGCUGUUGAAGAAUAUGUGUAUGACUUCAGAGACAAACUGUUUGGAGUCUUUGAGAAAUUCAUCACUGAAGAAGAUUCAAACAAGCUGACCUUGAUGUUGGAGGACACAGAAAACUGGCUUUAUGAAGAUGGAGAGGACCAACCAAAACAAGUAUAUAUGGAUAAGCUUCAGGAAUUAAGAAAAUUUGGACAGCCUAUUCAGGAGAGAUACAUGGAGCAUGAAGAGAGACCAAAAGUUUUAAAUGAACUGGGAAAGAAGAUUCAGCUCCUUAUGAAAGCAGUAGAAGCAUACAAAAAUAAGGAUGAAAAAUAUGAUCACCUAGAUCCUGCUGAGAUGGAAAAAGUUGAAAAAUACAUUACUGAGGCUAUGAAUUGGUUGAACAGCAAAAUGAAUGCCCAGAACAAACUAAGUCUAACUCAGGAUCCAGUUGUCAAAGUGGCAGAAAUACUGACGAAAUCGAAGGAAUUGGAUAGCUUCUGUAAUCCCAUUAUAUACAAGCCCAAACCGAAGAUAGAACCUCCCAAUGAUGGGCAGUCAAAAGCUAAUGGUGAACACAAUGGACCAGUGAAUGGACAGAGCGGUACUGAAACAAAACCUGAACCAGCGAAGGACAAUUCUCAGCAGACCAAACCACCUGGAGAAAUGGAAGUGGACUAAAUCUUGCAUUUCUUUUACUGAAUUAAAAUAGUGCAAGUAACCACAGGGUCCAUUCUUUUUGUGUGGUACACACCUCAGAUGUUCAGUUAUUCUUAGCCAACCUUCUGUCAUUUGUUGCUGCGUAGUUUUGAAAGUGUUUUAUAUUAAGUACACCUCUGAUGUUCGUUUCCACUCAUGCUGCUUAUGUGGAGCUUUAGCCAAAUGUAGAUUGUAUAAGUCAGUUUAAGCUUUCCCAAUAUAUUUUAUAUCAAACAUACAGAAUUGAUAUAUAAAUGGCAACAAUCUACCUUAUUUAAAGCUUUUAUUGUGGAUAAACCUCAGCUCCUUUAUUCAGGAAAGGAUACUGUAUUGCACUACUGAUGCUCAAGUGUAGAUCUAAUUGCAUCUUUAUUUUGGAAAAAUAUUGGAAUUGAAGUGGCAAAACUUGUCACUUGAAGCACUGACCUUUUCUAGUUAUUGUAUUGUUAUAAUUUAAAUAUUAAAAUAGAGGUUAGUUGGCAUACUAGUUCAUCUUGUUGCUGUACCAUGAGAAUUGUAUGGUCUUUUUCAUAUAAACUGAAUAAUACAAGCUUAAACAUUUUUUAGAUUCCCAUACCACUAACUAAAAUCUAGCAUUACAAAAUGCUAGCAUAAUGGCUCUGCCAUGUGCUGAAAUUAAGUGAAUGGUCUCAGUGCACAUUGCUGUACGUAACGUACUGUGCUUAUCAUAGGAUGAUGAUAAUAGUAUGAAGGGGUAGAAUAUACAAGGACUGUUGCAUAGCUUUCCCUUGAAAAUGUCUUAUUGCACACGUUACUGUUUCCAUUUCUUUUGUUUUGAAUGAAAUCUACAUCUUGAUCACAUCUUGUGCUGGGAAGGAGAAACAACAGAAAUUGGGCUGUGCAAGCUGGGUAUUAGCACCCUGAUUUUGAGGUUGCUUCAAUGCUGUUUGUUGCAAGCUUAGAGAGUUUAUUUAAGCCUUGGUACUCGGCACGUAAAGCUUUGGUCAAGGAUCUAAACAAAAGAGCUUACAAACUGAAUAUUGUUACCCCAAAGAUGGAAUCUACUUGAUGAACUUGCAUAGCUUACCAAUUAUCUUUGGUCAUUUACUUGAUCUAAUGAAAGUGUCUACAAUGUAUUACACAGUUGAGUCACUAUUUUCUUUGAUACAUCUUAGACAUGUCUUAGACAUUGUCAAGGUCCAGUGUAUGUUCAUAUAUUCUGAAUGCUUGUCAGUCACUGAGGUACUGUAGCGCUUGCUGGAGCAAGUCGCUUUUCUUUUGACUUUAAACAGCUCUUCUGUUACCAGACUAGGAGUGGGCUACUCUGACUCUGAAGAGUGGUUUCUUAGUCAAGUCAGCGUAAGAGACUGAGAUUAGUCACAGCAUACACUUCAAUGACUUGGACUCCAUUGCUGAAGUGCACUGAGGUGUUUGGGUGUUAAUCAGGCAUUCCUGCAGCAGUUCUCCUGUACGAGAUUGUCGCUGUUGUAAACAAGUGAAGGGUCCUGCUCUAGGUUCUGGCCUUGGCAGCCAUUUUAUCUCCAGCUGUGCCCUUCAUGUUCUACCACUGUUCAUGUGACAAAGAAAGAGAGGAGUCUGUGACCCAAGCUAGAGUUGGUGGAGGUGAACUAUACUGUCAGAUACCUUCACAGAAAAAGGAAGCAUCAUUUACAGCUGUACAUAAACCUGCUAAACUAGCUCAAGUGCUAGAAUUGUAUCUUCAUGACUGACGUCAAGUGACUGAGAUGCAUGUACUUUGCUCUACUACUCCUCCUCUACACAAUUAACUGUGAGGAUGGUCUGGCACUUCAGUUUUUGUAUUUAAAGCCCUUGAACAAAAACUGAGUGACCUUGAAGAGAGCUGCAGCUACUCUGCAACCUCAGUCUUGAAUUCUGCCGCUGUAGUCACACAUCUUUGGCACUGAGGGGGUGACUGUACUUCAGUGUCAGUUGUCCUAAGUAUGUCAGUACACGACUGACCUAGCUUUGGUCCCAUAGGCUUUAACAUGAAUAUCUUAAUGCCUUUACCACAGCAGUGUAAUGAGUAGCAUUCUUAAGUAUUGGCUUCCUAAAACCCAUCUACACAUUAAUUUGUCUAGUAGACUUUCUGAAACCUGGCAGAAGAGCUCAAACAGUGGACACCUGCCAUGUAAGCUCUCCAAUAGCUAAAAAAAGGUCAUGUGUAAGAACAGAACGUCUAAUGCUCAUGGUCAUCAGAUGCUUAAUAGUACAUUACAAAUGUUUGAGGCAAUUCUUAUGUAUAAAGGCUGGAAUAAUCUUACAGCAAGCUUAAAAGCAGAUAUGGUUAAGACAAGCAAUUGUAGUAAGGUUUUCUUACUAGAAUAGGUUUUUUUGCUGUGCAUCUGCUCUGUCUCUAGAUCCCUGGUGAAGAAGAAUGCUACCCACAGACUGCUGAUAGCAGCUGGUUGCUGAUGUAUGUGUUAAGAAUCCCAUUUGGAAGGGCAAAAUUGUUCUUUCUGCAGUGAGCUUCACAUAAACAUGUGAACAUAGGACUUGUUCAUACAUAAUCUGUUUUCAGGAACAAAGAGGAAAGUUUACCAGGAUGCAGAUUUAAGGUUCUCAAGUACUUAGAUAAGUAGAUAAGUUAUGAAUGACUUGAAGAUAAGGUUUUGUGCAUUGGACUCAACAAGCAAGUUACCCUGUGGCUACCCUGACAGCACCAGAAUGAGUAUCUUGCAACAUAAAAUUAACAAGUUUUGUAGUACGCUACUCUGCAUCUCCUAUAUUUUAAAAGCAGGUAUUUGUUGCUAAUGUCUUAUUUGAGACUUUCUACUGAGGGUAAGAUACAUUUCUAAUGUUUGAAGAUGUUCCCUCCAUCCCACAAAAAGAAAAAACAGGAAGCAACACUAUCUUUGUAAAGGCAGUAGAGUUUUGUUUUUAAAAAAAAAUAAAAAGAUUAAUCACAGUCUACAGCUUCAUGUAAAAGUUUAAUUUCAAAAGAGCAUAAACACUUUAUUUUACCAGUAACAUCUUUCUUCUUUCCUUUAGAGAGGACUGAUUCUCUCCUGUCUGGAGCAUUAAUGGGCUUGCCUAAGAAAUGGCUUUAAAAUUAAAUUUGCUUUACUAAACUAAGUUGCUACUAGCUGUUCUACAACUGAUGCAUGGUUUCCUUUCCACAUCUUUUUUUCCAGUAAACUUCAGGAUUUUCUUUGAACUUCAUUCAGAUGUAACAUAAACAGAUUUUAAACAA